AUGGCGCUGGAGGUGGGGGCCGAGGCGCUGCUGGACCUGAGCUUCCUGACGGAGGAGGAGCGGCGUGCCAUUGCCGAGGUCCUGCGCCGCGACUGGCAGCUCCGCCGGCGCGAGGAGGGGCGCAUCAGCAAGCUCCGCAAGUCAGUGUCAGACCCCGUGCGGCUGAGGACCCUCACCGGGGACUGGUUCUGCGAUGCCCGCGCCCAGCGCCACCGGCACCACCUGGGCUCUGACCUCGUCCGCGCCUCCAUCCGCCGCAGGAGGCGGCCCCAGGGAGAGAGGGACUCAGAGUGUGGCCCCAGCCUGGGCGAGCUGGAGGGCAUCAGUGAGCCACUGGCAGAGGAGAAGGAGGAUGAGGAUGGUGUGGCAGAGCAGGAGGAGAGCCCCCCUACGGAGGAGGCGCAGGCAGCUGCAGAGCCCCAGCCCAGCCCUGCGGCCCCGGCUCUGGAGGAGACCCCAGUGUCACAGCCCCCAUGGCAGGGUGACGUCUCGGUGAGGGAGCAGGACAUCCCAGCCCAGCCAGGUGACACAGUAGAUGAGAACCCCUUUGGCACAUCCAGCGCAGAGGAAGACGAGGAGGAGCCCGACUCCGCACGCAGCGGCCCCGAUGCUGGGCAGGGGCCGGGGCCCCCCCAGAUGGCUCAGGCAUCCCCGGGUUGGGUGCCCCCACAGAACAGCCAUGCGCCCCCGAGCAGCCUGCUGACCACCAGCUCCUCCGUGUCCAGCCUCAGCUCCUCCACGCUGAGCGGCAGCCUGAUGAGCCUGUACAGUGAGGGCGAGCUGGGCAGCGUGGCUGUGCAGGGCUGCGUCCAGUUCUCCCUCCGCUACGACCUGGCCAAGAAGGAGCUGCAGGUCCACGUGCUGCGGUGCCGUGAGCUGGCCGAGGCCAAGAAGCAGCGCUCGGACCCGUACAUCAAGACAUACCUGCUGCCGGAUAAGUCCAACCGCAGCAAGCGCAAGACCACAGUGCGGAAGAGGAGCUUGGAUCCCAUCUUCAAUGAGACCCUCAAGUACAAGCUGGAGAAGAGGGACCUGCAGGGCCGGACCCUGAACCUCUCGGUGUGGCACCAUGACAGCCUGGGCAGGAACCUUUUCCUGGGGGAGGUGGAGAUCGCACUGGCCACCUGGGACUGGGCCAACACACGCCCCGAGUGGUUCCACCUCCAGCCCCGAAUGCCCAUCUCCUCGGAUGGCCUCACCAGCCGGGGCAACCUCAACUUGGCAUUGAAGUUCAUCCCCGCUGGCUCAGAAGGCGGGGGGCUGCCACCCACGGGCGAGCUGCACAUCUGGGUGAAGGAUGCUCAGAGCCUCAUCCCCCUGCAGAGCGGCACCGUGGAUGCCUUCGUGCAGUGCUACGUGCUGCCGGAUGACAGCAAGGCGAGCCGGCAGAAGACGCGGGUGGUGAAGCGGAGCCUCAACCCCCUCUUUAACCACACCAUGGUGUACGACGGCUUCCAGGCCAAGGACCUGGCCGAGGCGUGCGCUGAGUUCACCCUCUGGCACCACGAAGCCUUUUCCAAGCGCCAGCUGGGCGGCAUCCGGCUCAGCCUGGGCACAGGGAGCAGCUAUGGGUUGCCGGUGGGCUGGAUGGACUCGACGGCGGAGGAGCGGGGGGUGUGGGGAUGCCUGCUCCAGCAGCCUGGGCAGUGGGUGGAAGCACUGCUGCCCCUGCGGACCAACCUGGUCCCCCGGGCAUAG